AUGGUAGACAGCAGGAGCCUUCCCCGGCCUCCUCCGGCCGAGUUUGCCGAGCCACGGUCCUUCACGAAAUUUGUGCGAAGCGACGGAGCGUCCACACAAGAGGGGCCUCCCAGGCUCCUCUCUGUCGGAGGAAGAGAAGGUCCUGGACAGCAGAUCAAUGGCGACUAUGAGCUUCUCGAGGGCACGCGCCCCCACGGCCGACCUUGCUGGCUGCGUCGAGGCAAGCCACUGCCCAGCACGGGGACAAAUGGACUAGCGGAGCACGACGGUGAGCUGCGUCCACUCUAUCUUUUCUUCGGCGAAAUGGGCUAUUGGAGCAUUGCUGCGUCAGUGCUGGCAGCGGGAGUGCAUGUCUUAGCACGCUGUGGUCCCGACUUUGCAUCAUCAUCCCCUGAUGUGUGUACAUUACCGUGGACGGUAUUCGCCUUCGGCAAGGCACAGCGAGAUGCAAGCAUCGUGUGCUUCAGACACGAUUUGCUGGCAGAUGUGCCGAAGGUGCUGCACGUCUCCGGUUGCAAAGGGGAUCAUGGACAGCUGAAUGGGAGCUACACGCAUCUACAAGGAGCUAGAAUGGGGAGCCGUCCGGUCUUUGUCAAAGAUUGUGCACGUGCUCGAGACGGCGAGGAAGAGAGGAAGGUUCUGCAUUUCUCCCAGCGUUCUGGACGGUGGUUCAUCUCCAGCGUGAGUAUGGGGGCCUUGGAGGUGGAUCAGAUGAGCACUUCCUCUGAGUUGGACCAGACGGACCUCAGGCCACAGUGGCACAGUGCUACAACCUUGGCCAGGAGUCCAGUGGCGUGGACGUCAUCGUCUCCUGCAUCGCUGGCACGAGAGCCAUGGUCCAUCAUUCAGCUUCUGCCGACGCGGCUGCAGUUUGGCGUUACUGAGAGGAGGCGGCGAGUCGCGCUGAAACUACCCGACAGCGAUGAGGCUGCAACCGACGACUCAAUUGUCACUUUCAUACCAUGCCAAGAGCUACAAGUGGGGGAAGGGCCUGCUAGACAGGCUUCUCGCAGCAUCGGACGAACUUCCGCGGUCUCGCGAAGUUCUUCAAUGGGCUCCCCAGCGGAGGACGAACUUGCGGACACCUGCCGCACUGCAGAGAUCUGCGGGACAGAGCCGCAGGGUGAGGACUUCAUUGACUUCAUUCUUUGCCUUCAUUUCCGCGACCUCAGCGCGGCUGCGGAAAGCUUUGGCCUUAGCGGGGACUAUGUGCGCUCCGAUCAGCUCUAUGGAGAUCGACCUGUCUUCAUCAAGGCUCCGCUUCGGCACCGGCAAGGUGGAUUUGACAUGGACGAGAAGCCCAGCCAGGGCCAGGAUCGGCAGCUCUUCUUCUUCUACGAUGACAUUCGUCACCGAUGGCAGGUUGCACCAGAAGUCGGUGCGAAAGGCUUGAGCGUGCUGGCUCGCAGCCCCAUUGGUUGGGAUCAGGUGUUCUCACCGAACUCACCAGAGGCCGCAUUGGCAAAGGAAGUGGGGUCUUCCAGGCAACCAGGCACCUGGCAGAUGCGGCUCAAUGAGCCUGCGCUGGCCAUCCACUCACGGCGCUCCAAGCUCACAGACAUUCCGGAGGCCUCACAAGUUUUCCAAGACUGCGAGGCUCUGACUGUUGUGGCAUUGGAAGACCGGGCGCCAUCGCGCGCUGUCACCUUCCAGUAUGAAGGCCCAGGUGAAGAGCUGCAGGUGCUGUCAGAGCACCCGCUUGCCGGAGACUUCAGACUGCUCCGCCAGAGGUACGGGAAGCGUCCCGUAUAUCGCCGCACACCUCUGCAACCUUGUGGACCUGGGCCUGGCUUGCGCGCUCAGCCAGGCCUGUUCCUCUUUUUCGAACCACGGCUCGGAUAUUGGGUUGUCAGUACCAUCUCCCCGUUGGCUUCGAAUCACGCUGUCGCGUUUGCCAGGCCCGAUCUUCCCGGUCGUUUUGGCCAGGUCUUAGCCAGGAGCGGCCCUGACUGGGCGUCGGUGUUGCCAGAGGACACAAAGGACUGGGAUGCAGCUGACAGCCAGGCUCCCGGUUCUCAAUACCGCCUUGGGCCAGCAAGAGCUCCACCUAGCGCGCUGCUGUCCGAGCAACUGGCGCCAACGCCGUGGCUGCGCCUAAUGGCCUUGGGCAGGGACACCCCUUCUCAGCUGGUUUGUUUCAGUGGCUUCGGUGACAGGUUGCACACACUGAACGGCUCAUAUGAGCUGCUGCCAGAGUCCAUGUGGGCAUCCCGACCUGCAUGGGUGCGAGUGCCAUUACCAGGGGAGGAUGCCGAGUUUCCCAAGUACAUCUUCUUUUGGCCAGAGACAGGGCACUGGAUUAUUGGUCCAGACCUGCACGCUGCGCAGACAGGUCUCGCGCGAAAUGGUCCUGGCCGGUGGGCUGCUCAAUCUCCGGACCAUUGCCCUGGGCGGUGGGCUGCCCUGAACGGCCAUUCGUUCUCGGAGGAUCCGAAGAUAUUCUGCAGAAGGCAGAAGGCAAAUGGAGGCGUCGAAACCUUCGGUCUAUCCUGUCCUGCCUCUCCUCGACAAAGUCUCGGACCGCGUGCGAAUGCCAUGCCAUUGUCGCCAAAAAGUACGCACAGGAGCAUACUCUCCCAAGCUUCAGAGGUCAACUCAGCCAAAGCCCCACAGAGUCCGCGGUCCAGCUUGACAAAGAGCGCAGGCCUCAAGCGUGCUGACGCUGUCAUGUCCACACCUGUUCGCAAAACAGGCACUGGUGACACAGCAGAAAAAGCAGCCACAAGUCCAAGAACCAUCGAGCCCAGCAAGGACGUCAGGUCAGAGCUGUCCAAAGAAGUCAGCUCGAAGGGCGCUGAGAGCCAAGCCUUCAAGCCCCCUUUGAGACCUCGCAGCCCACGGAGUCCGCGGAACAGAAUAAGUCCACGAACUACGAGCCCUCGUGCUGAGAGGGGCAUUUGCUGGCGACCUUGA